AUGCUUUCCAACGAUACAGCCCUCUUAUUUGCCGAGAUAUCGGCAAAGUCGAGCGAAAACCGCACCCCGGAAAGCCAGCUCCAAUCCGCUUCACGCUUUCUCCACGAGGCCGAGAACCACUCUACGCCUCGACCGGGUGUUCCAAUUGUGCGCGAUUACUAUAGCGAUCUUUAUACGCCUAUCCGCCACCAAACAUCACCAGUCGGAAACCUAUGGGUCGAGCUACCUAAGAGUCGCAGGUUCUCGCUGUCGUAG